UGUAGUCCGUCUUUUGACAUUCCCUUUUGAAAUUCCUUAGCGAGGUGUUUAGUUCGCCGUGUUUAGUAAAUUUUCUAAUAUUUCAGCAUGUCGCGCAGAAAGGAGAAUGAGGAGACGGAUAAACAGACGCGUAUUGCCAUAGUCAGCGAUGAUAAGUGUAAACCAAAGCGUUGCCGACAGGAGUGCAAGAAAUCAUGCCCCGUUGUGCGCAUGGGAAAGCUUUGCAUUGAAGUAACGCCCACAUCCAAAAUCGCUUCGCUUUCAGAAGAACUUUGCAUUGGUUGUGGUAUCUGCGUUAAGAAAUGCCCAUUCGAGGCUAUUACCAUUAUUAACAUACCCAGUAAUUUGGAGAAGCACACCACCCAUCGAUAUGGCAAAAAUUCAUUUAAACUUCAUCGCCUUCCAAUUCCACGACCUGGUGAAGUGCUUGGAUUGGUUGGUCAGAACGGUAUUGGCAAGUCGACGGCAUUAAAAAUUCUCGCCGGCAAACAAAAACCAAACUUGGGAAGAUACAGCGAUCCACCAGAUUGGACCGAAAUUUUGGCUUACUUCCGUGGUUCUGAGUUGCAGAAUUAUUUUACCAAAAUAUUAGAGGACAAUUUGAAAGCGCUCGUAAAACCACAAUAUGUUGAUCAGAUUCCAAAAGCGGUGCGUGGUGCAGUUGCUGAACUGCUCGAUAAAAAAGACGAACGCGAGAACCAGCAAGAAAUUUGUAGAAUGCUAGACCUGCUGCACAUACGUGAUCGCGACAUUGCACAAUUAUCUGGUGGUGAAUUACAGCGUUUUGCUAUCGCCAUGGUAUGCAUUCAGGAUGGUGACAUAUUCAUGUUUGAUGAACCAUCAUCUUACUUGGACGUAAAACAGCGCCUAAAUGCUGCUUUAACUAUACGAUAUUUGCUGCACCCAACAAAGUUUAUUAUCGUUGUGGAACACGAUUUGUCAGUUUUGGAUUAUCUCUCCGACUUCAUUUGUUGUCUGUACGGUGUGCCAGGUGUUUACGGUGUAGUUACAAUGCCUUUUUCGGUGCGUGAAGGAAUUAAUAUAUUUCUUGAUGGUUUUGUGCCAACCGAAAACAUGCGUUUCCGCACUGAAUCACUAACCUUUAAGGUUUCUGAAUCAGCUACUGAAGAGGAAAUUAAACGCAUGAAUCAUUAUAUAUAUCCCGCCAUGAAGAAGACAUUGGGCAAAUUUGAAUUAACUGUGGAACAAGGUCAUUUCAGCGAUUCUGAAAUUCUCGUACUCUUGGGUGAAAAUGGUACCGGAAAAACGACCUUCAUUAGAAUGCUGGCUGGAAAUUUGCAACCAGACGACGAAGUAGACUUGCCAGUGUUAAAUAUAUCGUACAAACCCCAGAAAAUUUCACCCAAGUUCCAAAACUUGGUACGUCAUCUGCUGCAUGAUAAAAUUCGUGACGCGUAUGUGCAUCCACAGUUCAUUGCCGACGUUAUGAAACCUAUGAAAAUCGAGGAAAUUAUGGAUCAAGAGGUUCAAAAUUUGUCUGGUGGUGAAUUGCAAAGAGUCGCUUUGGUAUUGUGUUUGGGUAAGCCAGCCGACGUAUAUUUAAUCGACGAACCUUCAGCUUAUCUCGAUUCUGAACAACGUUUGGUUGCGGCUAAGGUCAUAAAAAGAUUUAUUCUACAUGCGAAACGUACCGGUUUCGUCGUAGAGCACGAUUUCAUCAUGGCUACUUACCUGGCAGAUCGCGUUAUUGUACUCGAAGGUCAACCCUCAGUAAAAACCACGGCUUUCUCUCCGCAAUCGUUAUUGAACGGCAUGAAUCGUUUUCUGGAACUAUUAGGCAUCACCUUCCGCAGAGAUCCUAACAACUUCAGGCCACGUAUUAACAAAAAUAACUCAGUUAAGGACACUGAGCAGAAACGUUCUGGACAAUUCUUCUUCUUGGAGGAUGAUGCGGGCAAUUAAACAGUCACUUUGUAUAAAUAAUACACAAUUAGUUACUCAGAAUCGGAAAAUAUUUAGACAUCUUUUUUAUGCAUUCAGUUUUGUAUUCAAGACAAACAUAGCUCAAUCCAACUUUUUGUUGGUAUAUCUUAAGUGCUGAUUUGUAUUUUUGUAUUGUUCUUUGCUUGGUCAUUACUUUGUCUUGUAAUGUUUUUUAUGAUCCAGAAAGCAUUACAGAAUUUUAUGUUAAAAACUAUUUUGUACAACUUUUCAAUAGUAAAAUCAAGAAAAUAUUGUAAUAGAAAAAUUAUGAUAUACAUACAAGAGCAAGAUAAAGGGAGAUCAGAUGCAUAAGCUAAA